CAGUGUGAGACUAAGGUCUGCCUUGGGACUUUGCAGUAAAAUGGCCCUGUGGGUACGGACUCUAGCCUUCCUCCUGGCUCUUCCAUCCUUCCUGUGUGUGCAAGAUCCAGCACUGUCCAGUCCCAGCAUGCAGAAAGGAGACAGGAGUCCAGCAAAGUGCCGAGUGCCAGAGCUCUGGGACAGCCGGGCUGACUUCACACCAAAACAGCUGUCUUAUAACCCAGGUGAGAUGGUGACAUGGAGCUGCCCCAAGGGCCAUCGGCCCUCACUAGUCAACACCAUUUGCAUGCAAUCGGGGAACUGGAAUCCACCGAGUAUCCACUGUGUUGGGUUCUGUACAGUUUCUGGGAACUUGCCCCCAUCCGUGUCUACAACCUCCAUCCAGGCAGAGUUUCCAAUUGGCCAGAGGGUUUGGGUGACCUGUCGUCCAGAGCAGUUUGAGGAGGGCUCAUUUCCGGUGCAGUGUGUGGACAGAGCCGGGCAUCCUGAGUGGGACAUAAGCCAUGUGAGCUGCAUUGGAAAGCCAGAGUCCAAGCAGGCAGGGAUUAUGCCAUGGGCCGUGGCCAUGGCCGUGGCCAUAGGACUGCUGCUGUCUGCUGGGGCCCUUGUGAUGUGGGUUGUGCUGUCCAGGCGGCACCAGGCUGCAAGAAGCAGCACAGAGCAGGAGCACUAUGAAGAGCUGCAGCCCCAGGGCCCAUUGGACAUCUACAGCCAGAUGCAGACCCCUCUGCCAGCAGUGCCAGGAGUUGCCAGGAGGGGCAUCCCAGACUCCUCCCUGCAGGCCUGAGUCAUGGCCCAGCUGGCCGUGCAAAUUAACCCUGUUCCCUCAGCAAGCCAAGGUGGCAGAGCUUCAGGGACAGCUCCUGAGAUCCCCAGGCAUCGGGGGAUUAACAUAGGCAUCUGGACCAGUUAUGGGACUUGGGGGUGCAGCAAAAUGGGUCCCAUUUGUGCUGCAUGCCCAGAGUCCUCCAACCCUGCACUGUUUUUCCCCUGACACCUCCUCCCUUCAAGGCUGGGCAACCUCAGCCUCAUUCAGCCGCAGAACCUGCUUUACUCCAUCCACUCAGUGGAAUAUCAAGUUUGGGGUGUCUUCAGUCACCUCCUUUCAAUGGGCUCUGCCUCCCCUACAGCCACAACCCAGCACUCCGGGGGAAAAUGUAAACCAUGCAAUACAAGCACCAGUCCCGUCUCAAAGGAGUGACCAGGCUUCAAAUAGAAAGGAAAACACAAAAGAAAGUUUCUAGGGGACUUAGCUUGCUUCCUAUGCAGGUCCCAGGUUCUCUUCCCUGGGAGUGGCUUCCUGAGUCCUCUCACCAUAGUCUGGGUGGGUGAAGAGGCCGCAGACUGGAGUUGUCUGGGGGUGGCAUUGCAUCUCACCAUCCACCCAGAAAGGAAUGCACAUUGGUGAGGUGCAAAUCCCUUUAGUGGGUUCAGCUGGAACCUGUUAUCCCUGGGUGUAAAAGGGCUGAAGUCUAUAGUGUACUUGCAAUUCAGGCAGAAUCCUGUUUGCCAAAUCCUCAGAGAGUUGAGCCUGCACCUAUGAGAGCAGGGUUCCCUCUGCCACCAGAAGAGGAGUCACGGUGGAGCAGUGCCCCAGUAGUGGUGAGACAAGGGCUACCUUGGUCUAGGAGCUGCAUGGGCUCUGCUGGCUACACUGCCCCACCAGCAUUGGACUGAGUGAGAGCUUUAAACAUACUGACUGUGCUGAACUGGUAGCAGUCAGGUGUAGGGUGGACUUCUGUUUGAUUACUAAAAUGUUCAUAAUGCUCUCUGUCAGCCCACCUCCCUUUCUCUUGGCUGAUAACCCUCACAGUCCAGGAUGAUCACUCCCACGGGUUAAGUAAAGAGUUUUUAAAGAAUCUGUUGAUGACUUUGAAAGGCUCACACCCACCAUACUUGCUGAUAGACAUGGCCUAGCAUGUUGGGCUGAGUGGCAGGCCAGUAGGGGGCGCUCCUGUGUUGAGCC